AUUUUAUUGUCAAAAUCGCAUUGCAAAUGGCCGUUUACCAAGCACGCAUUUUUACAAUAGUUUAUCGAUUGUAACUCUUGAGUUUUGUUAAUUUACGGUGAUUAUAUGACGCGCUACAAAUAUAGUGGUUAAGUAAAACAAAAGGCGGUCAGCAUGUCGCUGCCGCCGUACCUGCUGGGGCCCAACCCCUGGGCCACGAUGAUGGCGCAGCAGCAGUUGGCGGCAGCGCAGCAAGCAGCCUUGCAGGCUCACGCUGCCGCCGCUGCUGCCGCGCCGCCGGUGCCGCCCUCGCAGCCCCCCAAGCCGCACCACAUUCCCGAGGAGAAGAUAAAGGAAAAAGCCCAAAAAUGGCUACAACUCCAGUCCAAACGUUUCGCCGAAAAACGCAAGUUUGGUUUUGUAGACGCACAAAAAGAGGAUAUGCCACCAGAGCACAUCCGAAAGAUCAUAAGGGACCACGGAGACAUGACCAGCAGGAAAUACCGUCACGACAAACGUGUAUACCUGGGAGCUCUCAAAUACAUGCCCCAUGCUGUCAUGAAACUGCUAGAAAACAUGCCUAUGCCCUGGGAACAAAUCAGGGACGUCAGAGUCCUGUAUCACAUAACCGGUGCCAUCACAUUUGUGAAUGAAAUCCCAUGGGUGAUUGAACCAGUCUACAUAGCUCAAUGGGGAACCAUGUGGAUCAUGAUGCGUCGUGAAAAACGCGAUCGUCGGCACUUCAAACGCAUGAGGUUCCCUCCUUUCGAUGAUGAGGAACCUCCUCUAGAUUACGCCGAUAACAUCCUCGAUGUUGAGCCUCUAGAACCCAUCCAAAUUGAACUGGAUCCUGAGGAAGAUGGAGCUAUUGCUUCCUGGUUCUAUGACCACAAGCCCUUGCUGGGUACCAAACAUGUCAAUGGAUCCACAUACAGAAAGUGGAAUUUGACUUUACCACAGAUGGCGACACUGUACCGUCUUGCCAACCAGCUGCUGACGGACUUGGUGGAUGACAAUUAUUUCUACCUCUUUGAUUCAAAGAGCUUUUUCACAGCAAAAGCAUUGAACAUGGCAAUACCAGGUGGUCCCAAGUUUGAGCCAUUAGUCAAAGACAACUCAGCCGGAGACGAAGACUGGAAUGAGUUCAAUGACAUCAACAAGAUCAUUAUUCGCCAGCCCAUCAGGACGGAAUACAGGAUUGCUUUUCCGUAUUUAUACAACAACUUGCCACACUUUGUGCAACUUUCUUGGUAUCACACACCAAAUGUGGUCUACAUCAAGACAGAAGAUCCUGAUUUGCCAGCAUUUUACUUUGAUCCGUUGAUCAACCCGAUUUCGCACCGGCACUCAGUGAAGUCUCUGGACCCCGUGCCAGAAGAAGAGGACUUUGUUUUACCUGAAGAAGUGUCUCCAUUCCUGCAGGAGACAGCCUUGUACACAGACAACACAGCGAAUGGGAUUGCAUUGCUGUGGGCUCCCAGACCUUUCAACAUGAGAUCUGGCCGCUCGCGCCGAGCCAUCGAUGUGCCUCUGGUCAAGACGUGGUACAAAGAGCACUGCCCGCCUGGACAGCCUGUCAAGGUCAGGGUAUCAUACCAGAAGCUGCUGAAGUACUAUGUACUGAACGCACUGAAGCAUAGACCGCCCAAGCCACAGAAGAAGAGGUACCUCUUCCGCUCAUUCAAGUCCACAAAAUUCUUCCAAACGACCACCUUAGACUGGGUGGAGGCAGGGCUCCAGGUGUGCCGCCAGGGCUACAAUAUGCUCAACCUGCUCAUCCACCGCAAGAACCUGAACUACCUGCAUCUGGACUACAACUUCAAUCUGAAGCCGGUGAAGACGCUGACCACUAAAGAGCGCAAGAAGUCCCGGUUUGGAAAUGCAUUCCAUUUAUGCCGCGAGAUCCUCCGUCUCACGAAGCUGAUCGUGGACUCCCACGUGCAGUACCGUCUAAACAACGUGGAUUCCUUCCAACUGGCCGACGGUCUGCAGUACAUAUUCGCGCACGUCGGACAGCUGACCGGAAUGUACCGGUACAAGUACAAGCUGAUGAGGCAGAUCAGGAUGUGCAAGGAUCUGAAGCAUCUCAUCUACUACAGGUUCAAUACUGGUCCCGUCUCCAAAGGUCCCGGGUGCGGAUUCUGGGCGCCCGGGUGGCGAGUGUGGCUGUUCUUCAUGAGAGGAAUCACGCCACUGCUGGAGCGGUGGCUCGGAAACCUGCUCUCGAGGCAGUUCGAGGGACGACACUCGAAAGGAGUCGCCAAGACGGUGACCAAGCAGCGCGUCGAGUCUCACUUCGACUUGGAGCUGCGAGCGUCCGUCAUGCACGACAUCGUGGACAUGAUGCCCGAAGGCAUCAAGCAGAACAAGGCUAGGACCAUCCUGCAACACCUGUCGGAGGCCUGGAGAUGCUGGAAAGCCAACAUUCCUUGGAAGGUGCCCGGCCUCCCAACCCCGAUCGAGAACAUGAUCCUCCGCUACGUGAAGAUGAAGGCGGACUGGUGGACCAACACGGCGCACUACAACCGCGAGCGCAUCCGGCGCGGCGCCACCGUCGACAAGACCGUCUGCAAGAAGAACCUCGGCCGCCUCACCCGGCUCUACCUCAAGGCCGAGCAGGAGCGCCAGCACAACUACUUGAAGGACGGCCCCUACAUAUCUCCCGAAGAAGCCGUGGCGAUCUACACAACCACAGUGCACUGGCUGGAGUCCCGGCGCUUCGCCCCGAUCCCGUUCCCGCCGCUGUCAUACAAGCACGAUACAAAACUGCUCAUCUUGGCUCUCGAGCGGCUCAAGGAGGCUUACAGCGUGAAGUCCCGGCUCAAUCAGAGCCAGAGAGAAGAGUUGGGGCUCAUUGAGCAGGCGUACGAUAACCCGCACGAGGCCUUGUCCAGGAUCAAGCGACAUCUGCUCACGCAGAGGACUUUCAGAGAGGUCGGCAUAGAGUUCAUGGACCUCUAUUCCCACUUGGUGCCGGUAUACGACGUGGAGCCCCUAGAAAAGAUCACGGACGCGUACCUCGAUCAGUAUCUGUGGUAUGAGGCCGACAAGCGACGCCUGCUGCCUCCCUGGGUGAAACCAGCGGAUACAGAACCUUCACCGCUGCUGGUCUACAAAUGGUGCCAGGGCAUCAACAAUCUACAAGACGUGUGGGAGGUGGGAGAGGGCGAGUGCAACGUGCUUCUAGAGUCGCGUUUCGAGAAGCUAUACGAGAAGAUAGAUCUGACGCUGCUCAACCGACUGCUUCGGCUGAUCGUCGACCACAACAUCGCCGACUACAUGACCGCCAAGAACAACGUCGUCAUCAACUACAAGGACAUGAAUCACACAAACUCCUACGGCAUCAUCCGAGGUCUCCAGUUCGCGUCGUUCAUAGUGCAGUACUACGGUCUAGUUCUGGACCUGUUAGUGCUGGGGCUGCAACGUGCGAGCGAGAUGGCAGGCCCGCCGCAGUUGCCCAACGACUUCCUGUCGUACCAGGACCGCCAGACAGAGACGGCGCAUCCCAUACGGCUGUACUGCCGAUAUGUGGACAGGAUUCAUAUAUUCUUCAGGUUCACAGCAGAAGAAGCCCGCGAUUUAAUUCAGCGCUACCUGACGGAGCAUCCUGAUCCCAACAAUGAAAACAUUGUUGGCUACAACAACAAGAAGUGCUGGCCCAGAGACGCGCGCAUGCGGCUCAUGAAGCAUGACGUCAAUCUGGGCCGCGCGGUAUUCUGGGACAUCAAGAACCGUCUGCCGCGCUCGGUCACCACCAUCCAGUGGGAGAACAGCUUCGUCUCAGUCUACUCGAAGGACAACCCCAAUCUCCUGUUCAACAUGGCCGGAUUUGAGUGCAGGAUAUUGCCUAAAUGCCGAAGCCAACACGAGGAGUUAUCUCACCGCGAUGGCGUGUGGAACCUCCAAAACGAAGUCACCAAGGAGCGCACAGCUCAGUGCUACUUGCGAGUGGACGACGAGUCGCUCGCCCGGUUCCACAACCGAGUCAGGCAGAUCCUCAUGGCAUCUGGAUCGACUACAUUCACGAAGAUUGUCAACAAGUGGAACACUGCUCUGAUUGGUCUAAUGACAUACUUCCGCGAGGCAGUAGUGAACACACAAGAGCUCCUCGACCUCCUAGUCAAGUGCGAAAACAAGAUCCAGACUCGAAUCAAAAUCGGCCUGAACUCCAAAAUGCCUUCCCGAUUCCCUCCCGUCGUGUUCUACACGCCCAAAGAGUUGGGAGGGCUCGGCAUGCUGUCUAUGGGACACGUUUUGAUUCCACAGUCCGAUCUCCGCUGGUCGAAACAAACUGACGUGGGCAUCACCCACUUCAGAUCCGGUAUGUCGCACGACGAGGACCAGCUGAUUCCCAACUUGUACCGCUACAUCCAGCCGUGGGAGGCCGAGUUUGUGGACUCGCAGCGAGUGUGGGCCGAAUACGCCCUGAAGCGGCAGGAGGCUAACGCUCAGAACAGGCGUUUGACACUGGAGGAUUUGGAAGACUCGUGGGACAGAGGCAUUCCCAGGAUCAACACGCUGUUCCAGAAGGACAGGCAUACGCUCGCCUACGACAAGGGAUGGCGUAUCCGUACGGAGUUCAAGCAGUAUCAGGUCCUAAAACAGAAUCCGUUCUGGUGGACGCACCAGCGCCACGACGGCAAGCUGUGGAACCUGAACAACUACAGGACCGACAUGAUUCAAGCGCUAGGAGGCGUUGAAGGCAUCCUCGAACACACGCUCUUCAAAGGCACAUACUUCCCUACGUGGGAGGGUCUCUUCUGGGAAAAGGCCUCCGGCUUCGAAGAGUCGAUGAAGUACAAAAAGCUCACAAACGCUCAGCGAUCCGGUUUGAACCAGAUCCCGAACCGUCGGUUCACGCUGUGGUGGUCGCCCACCAUCAACCGUGCCAAUGUGUACGUCGGUUUCCAGGUACAACUGGACUUGACAGGAAUCUUCAUGCAUGGCAAGAUCCCCACGCUAAAGAUCUCGCUGAUCCAGAUAUUCAGAGCCCACUUGUGGCAGAAGGUGCACGAGUCUAUUGUCAUGGACUUAUGUCAGGUGUUCGAUCAAGAGCUCGACGCCUUAGAAAUCGAGACAGUGCAAAAAGAAACCAUUCACCCCAGGAAGUCGUACAAGAUGAACUCGUCCUGCGCUGAUAUACUGCUGUUCUCUGCUUAUAAGUGGAACGUGUCCAGGCCAUCGCUGCUCGCUGACACCAAAGACACGAUGGACAACACAACGACUCAGAAGUACUGGCUCGACAUCCAACUGCGUUGGGGUGACUACGACUCGCACGAUGUGGAAAGAUACGCGCGAGCCAAGUUUCUGGAUUACACCACGGAUAACAUGUCCAUAUACCCGUCGCCCACGGGACUGCUUAUUGCCAUCGACUUGGCCUACAAUUUGCACAGCGCAUACGGCAACUGGUUCCCCGGCUGCAAGCCUUUGAUCCAGCAGGCCAUGGCCAAGAUCAUGAAGGCCAACCCGGCGUUAUACGUGCUUCGAGAGAGAAUACGCAAGGCGCUGCAGCUGUACUCGUCGGAACCCACGGAGCCCUAUCUUUCCAGCCAGAACUAUGGGGAACUGUUCUCCAACCAGAUCAUCUGGUUCGUCGACGACACAAACGUGUACCGCGUGACUAUCCACAAGACGUUCGAAGGCAAUCUAACCACGAAGCCCAUCAACGGCGCCAUCUUCAUCUUCAACCCGCGCACCGGACAGCUGUUCCUCAAGAUCAUCCACACCAGCGUCUGGGCCGGACAGAAGCGUCUCGGACAGCUCGCCAAAUGGAAGACGGCCGAAGAAGUGGCCGCGCUGAUUCGGUCGCUGCCCGUAGAAGAGCAGCCUAAGCAGAUCAUCGUCACCAGGAAGGGAAUGUUGGACCCGCUUGAGGUCCACUUGCUCGACUUCCCGAACAUCGUGAUCAAGGGCUCUGAGCUACAGCUGCCGUUCCAGGCCUGCCUGAAGGUGGAGAAGUUCGGCGACCUCAUCCUCAAGGCGACCGAGCCUCAGAUGGUGCUGUUCAACCUCUACGACGACUGGCUGAAGACCAUCUCUUCGUACACGGCCUUCAGUCGUCUGAUUCUCAUCCUUCGCGCUCUACACGUGAAUACGGAACGCACCAAGGUUCUGCUGAAGCCGGACAAGACGACUCUGACGGAGCCGCACCACAUCUGGCCCACUCUGUCCGACGACGACUGGAUCAAGGUGGAAGUCCAGCUCAAGGACUUGAUAUUGGCUGAUUAUGGCAAGAAGAACAACGUCAACGUGGCCUCGCUCACCCAAUCCGAGAUCCGCGACAUCAUCCUGGGAAUGGAGAUCUCCGCGCCAUCGGCCCAGCGGCAGCAGAUCGCCGAGAUUGAGAAGCAGAGCAAGGAACAGAGCCAGCUAACGGCCACCACCACGCGCACGGUCAACAAGCACGGCGACGAGAUCAUCACGUCCACCACCAGCAACUACGAGUCGCAGACCUUCAGUUCGAAGACGGAAUGGCGCGUGCGUGCGAUCUCGGCGACCAACCUGCAUUUGCGCACCAACCACAUCUACGUGAGCUCGGACGACAUCAAGGAGAGCGGCUACACGUACAUCCUGCCCAAGAACCUGCUCAAGAAGUUCGUCACCAUUUCAGACUUGAGAGCGCAGAUCGCGUGCUACCUCUACGGCACGUCGCCAGCCGACAACCCUAUGGUGCGCGAGGUGCACUGCGCGGUGGUCCCGCCGCAGUGGGGCACGCACCAGCAGGUGCACCUGCCGCGCCAGCCGCCAAGACACCCGGCGCUUGGGCAGCUGCAGCCGCUAGGAUGGAUGCACACGCAGCCUAAUGAGCUGCCGCAGCUGUCGCCACAGGACAUAACAACGCACGCGAAAAUAAUGGCCGAAAAUCCGUCCUGGGACGGCGAGAAGACGAUCAUCAUAACGUGCUCGUUCACACCAGGGUCGUGUUCGCUCACCGCCUACAAGCUCACCCCUAGCGGGUACGAGUGGGGCGCAAGGAACACCGACCGAGGGAACAACCCUAAGGGAUACCUCCCGAGCCAUUAUGAAAGAGUGCAGAUGUUGCUGUCUGAUCGCUUCUUGGGAUACUUCAUGGUGCCUUCGCAGGGAAGCUGGAAUUACAACUUUAUGGGCGUCCGGCACGACCCGAACAUGAAAUACGGCGUUCAACUCGGCAACCCUCGGGAAUUCUACCACGAGGUGCACCGGCCGGCUCACUUCAUGAACUUCGCAGCGAUGGAAGACGCUGCCGCGCCAACCCUCGCGGCAGACAGAGAAGACUUGUUCGCGUAGAUUAAGCUUUUGUAGGGAUCAAUGUCGAUCGCCUGUAAAUAGCGUUAAGAGAAAUACAUUUUAAUAAAUUUGAAA